AGAAUUAUUUAUAGAAGAAAAAGAAGGAAAGAGCGGUGGAGGUGGGAGCGAUGGAGGGUGAGUUGAUGAGUGUGAUGAAGAUGUGGAUCUGGGUUGGGACUUCGGUAAGCUACUGCUAUUGGAUGAGGAAAGUGAUCCCUCCAGGCCCAACGAGACUCCUCUCUCUCCUUCCCGUCAUCUCACUCUUCUUCUUCCUUCCGCUCACCUUCUCCACCGUACACUUGAGCGGAACCCUAGGGUUCUUCCUCGCAUGGCUCGCCAACUUCAAGCUUCUCCUCCUGGCAUUCGACAAAGGACCCCUCUCCCACCCCCAAGUCUCCCUCCCUCGUUUCGCCGCCCUCGCAUGCCUCCCCAUCAAUCUUACUAAACAUCCAUCCACCAAUACUUCCCACCCCUUGCGCUACGCCUUCAAGGCUCUCCUGGUGGGGCUCUUGGUCAAAGCCUAUGACUACACUCAAAACAUCCAUCCCAAACUCAUCAUGUGCAUCUACUGCUUCCACAUAUACUUCCUCUUGGAGAUAAUCCUCGCCCUUGUUGCAGCGCUCGCGCGGACCCUCCUGGGCUUGGAGCUGGAGCCGCAGUUCAACAAUCCCCUGCGCUCCACCUCACUCCAGGACUUCUGGGGGAGGAGGUGGAACCUCAUGGUCACCACCAUCCUGCGCCCCACCGUUUACCACCCCACGCUCAGGGCCGCCGCCGCUCUUCUCGGCCCCAAGUGGGCCCCGCUACCCGCGGUUUUCGCCACCUUUCUGGUGUCGGGUCUGAUGCACGAGCUCAUUCUUUUCUACAUUGGGCGGAUGGAGCCCACGUUUUGGAUGACGGCCUUCUUUCUUCUCCAUGGACUCUCCUUGACGCUCGAGAUUGCGCUCAAGAGGGCACUCGCCGCCACCUUCCGCUUGCCCUCGCUUGUUUCCGGGCCCUUGACGGCGGCCUUUGUCUUCGCCACCUGCAUUUCCCUCUUCCUGCCCGAGUUCAUCCGCUGUCGGAUUGAUGUUAGGGCGUUUCAGGAAUACGCUGCUUUAGGCCAGCUUUUCACCAAUCUCGCUUCCCGAUUCUCAAACUUCUUUCACACCAAUAUUAUCAUUUAAUUCAAUCAACUUCACCCCUUCAAUCAUCCAUCCUUAUUUUAUUUUAUACCUCGUCUUCUAUUUAUAGGAUACUACGAUACGAUCCCAUUCAUUUUUGUUUCUGUUAGCAUGAUGUAUCCUUAACCAUUAGGCCGUAUCAUGGACCCGGCUUUUAGGGGUGUAAUUUUAUUGAGUCUGUACACCAAAAAUAAAAGAUAAUGUAUCCAAUUUUUUAUA